CUGAGCCAGGCGAAACCUCAGAGCUGACUUUGUAAUACUGCCAUUGUGAACUUACUGGAACUGUGCGUUCACCUAUUGUACAAGGGAAGGCAGGAUUUCCGUUAUGGGACUAUCUGAGAACAACCGCUCACUAGCACAGGAGAGGAUCCACUGUGACCAGGAUGGUGAAAAGAGUUCUGGUAGCCUAUGCCCUGUGGGCCAUGGGUGGGCCUUUGGGUCUUCACCAUCUCUACCUGGGGAGAGAUAGCCAUGCACUGCUAUGGAUGCUAACCCUGGGAGGUUUUGGUUUUGGCUGGGCCAGAGAGUUCAUACGUAUUCCUGAGUAUGUCAGUGAAGCUAACCGAGACGUUGAAACUGACAGAAGAGCUCAUAAAGGACGACUCCCACCUGUCAGCCCCUUCAGAUUCGCUGGGCAAGUAUGCGUUGGGAUCUACUUUGGCAUGGUGGCUCUGAUUGGACUUAACUCCCUCAGUUUCUUCUACCUGAUCGUUCUGCCCUUGAGUGUGGGUGCAGGGGUUCACCUGGUGUCCAAUAUUGGACAACAGACUGCAGAUCUCCAAAAAACCCUCACUGCCUGUCUUGUAACAUCUCCUAUAUUCUAUGGCAGUUCUCUGUCACCUCUUCCUAUAAGCUUAGCUGCUAGCAUUACUGCCUCACAAAAUCGCAGGUUCAAACCACCAAAUGCACAUGGCAGCCAGCAGAAAUUAGGUCCACGACUUUACAGGAUUGGUCUAGCUUGGCUGGCCUUCUCUGCUCCAUUGGGUUACUGUUUUUUUUAUAACACCACAACAACACUAUAUUAUCUGUCUGACACAAUAGCUGCACUGUUGGAUAUAUUCUGGUUCUUGCCUUGGCUUAGAAGUGUAUUGGAGUAUUUUCUUUUAAUGCCAUAUCGCAUCCUGUGUGCACUGACCGGAGGGGGGUACCAUGAAGAGGCAUGGAGGAAGGUGCUAGAAAUACUCCUAAAAGAGUACACACAGAGAGAAAAAGAGGCAUUGAAGGUACUGUCAUUGGAGGCAGAAGCAUCCCUUGAGGAGAUAACGCGAAGCUACCGGGAGCUGGCUAAAACAUGGCAUCCAGACCACAACCCAAGCAAUGAUGCUGAGAAAAUGUUCAUGCAGGUUCAGGAAGCUUAUGAGGUCUUGAUGCGAUGGCACAAACCCAAUCGAUUCAAAUAGCAGAGCGAUAUUCCAAACAGGUGUUCCAUUAUAUAGCACCAGUGAUAAAGGAACUGUUUAUAUGAACUUGAUAAUCCCAUUGUAGGAGCCUGAAUUUACACUUUGUGAUUUUCUUGGUAUGCAUUAUGGUUAAUGUUUUGUGUUUUUCUUGAUGAAUUAACCUUUCUUGAAAUUAUUAAAUAUUAUUGGUAAUUCAUACUAAUUUGGGAAAUUUGUAUAUUUAGCUAUUGUGGUUAUUUUGUUAAUAUUUUCAUUACUUCUUUGGUUUAAGGAUGCAUACGUGUCACUUUUUAAGGAUGCAGAGAGAGCAGAACAUUAGAGAUUAAACUAACAGAUUCUGCAGAGUGUGAGAAUAGAGAUAGAAUGAAGCAGAAUGAUGAAAUAGGGGUCCCUAUGUCCUCCAGCAGUCUAAGCCUAUAGCAGCAUAACUAUAGAGAUAGCUCAGGAUAACCAUAGCCACUCUAUACUAUAGGCUUUAUCAAAAAGGAAAGUUUUAAGCCUAGCCUUAAAAGUAAACAUGGUGUCUGCCUCACAGACUAAAACUGGUAGUUGAUUCCACAGG